AUGCCAGUUACGGCUGACGAUGUCUCUAUGAUAUUAAAGCUUAUGAUACAGGCAAUGGAAAAACUCUAUUUUGAAUAUGAUCCUAGCCUGGAAUGCCCACAUCUCGGGAUCCAAUCACCUCAAAUGAUAAACUGUAUUCCUUCAGAGAUCCAACUGUCAUGCGAUUUGACGGAUGGAUAA